UCUGCUGUGAGCUAGCUAUUUGCAAAAGAAUUUGUUACCAGCUUCUCUAUCUCGAAUUUGCUAUCAUUUGCAAUUGGGUUGUAGACCGAUUCUGUGGGAGAAAGCCAUGGCAGUUGUAAUUCUAACUGCAGUUGCGUCUGCUUCAUUGAAACCCGUCUUUGAGAAGUUAGGAUCCUUCGUGAGUAAUCAGAUCAAACUGAUAUGGGGUGCUGAUGAUGUGCUAAAAAAGCUGGAGAGGACGUUGCUGAGAAUCCAAGCUGUGAUCGAUGAUGUAGAAGACAAGCAAAUAGAUGACAAAGCAUGGAAGGUUUGGCUGCGAGAUCUUAAGGAUGCAGCCUAUGACGCAGAUGAUAUACUGGAUAAGAUUGGGAUUCUCAUCUCAGAAAAGAAACUUGAUCAAAAUACUCCCAGAGAUAAGCAUGAGGUACGCAAUUUGGUACUCCGAAGUCUUAAACAUAGUUUACCGCGUAAAAUGAAUAAUCUCCAAAGGAAAUUAGAUACAAUUGCCAAGGAGAUGGAGGACCUUCACCUGAAAAGGUCACUCAAACGGAUACAACCUGAUAAGAAGGAGAGACCACAAACCAGUUCUUUGAUAACUGAACCAUCUGUUCUUGGCAGGAAAAAGGAUAAGAACAACUUAAUACAGAUGUUGAUGUCUACUGAAACAUGCUCAGAAAAUGUUUCUGUAAUUUCAGUAGUUGGUAUGGGGGGAAUUGGGAAAACAACCCUUGCUCAGAUCGUCUACAAUGAUGAGACAGUACAGAGGCAUUUUCCCUUGAGGAUGUGGGUUUGUGUGACCAAAGACUUUAGUGUAAGAAGGAUUACAAAAUCAAUAGUGGAGUCCAUAACAGUAAAUCAUCCCCUAAAUGAAAUUUCGUCAGCUAGGUCUUCUUUUGUCAAUGUUGCCGAUUUAGACCCACUUCAAAUUACAUUAGAAGGGUUAGUGAGGCAGCAAAGGUUUUUACUUGUUUUGGAUGAUAUGUGGAAUGAGAGCUAUAGUGAUUGGAAUCUCUUGAGAGCUCCCUUGAGGGUUGGAGCCAAUGGAAGCAAAAUUCUUGUAACCACUCGGAGCCGGAUUGUGUCAUUAGCCACGGGCUGUAGUCACACUAUUACUUUGCAGGGUUUAUCUGAUACUGAUUGUGAGUUGUUGCUUGAGAGAAAGGCAUUUGCAAGUGGUACAUCAAAUGCACACCCACAAUUGAUAUCAACUGGUAAAAAGAUUGCCCAGAAGUGCAAAGGCUUGCCUCUGGCAGUGACAACCCUUGGGAGCUUACUGAGCUCGGUUACCAAUGAAGGAGAGUGGGAUGCUAUAUUGAUAAGUGAAAUAUGGAACUUGGAAAGGAAUAAUGACAUUUUGCCAGCUCUGUGGUUGAGCUAUCUGUAUCUUCCUGCACAUCUGAAGCGAUGUUUUGCAUAUUGUUCCAUAUUUCCUAAAGGUCACAAGUUCAGAAAGGAGAAACUAGUCCAACUAUGGGUUGCAGAAGGGUUUGUUCAUCAGGAUGGUAAAAGACGACUGGAAGUGAUAGGAGGGAAUUACUUUGAUACAUUGUUGUGGAGGUCAUUCUUCCAAAUCACUGAAUCAAAUGGAAGUUCAUCAGUGUGUUAUCAUAUGCAUGAUUUUAUUCAUGAUCUAGCAAAAUCUGUGUCCCGUGACGAAUGUCUUAGAAUAGAGGAUGGUGACAUAUCAUACAAACCCUAUAUCAUCACAACAGUGCGUCAUUCGUCAUGGCUCUGUAAAUCCAGUUCUGGUGCAGCUUUUAAGGAUGUCCCGAAAAUGGAGAGGUUGAGGACAAUUCUAUUGCAGUGUGAUCACAAAGAACACAUUCACCCACUCCCCAACCUUCUGGGAACCAAAUUCAAACGUUUACGUGUGUUGGAUUUAUCUGGUGCUCAGAUCGAGGAUUUGCCAUCUUCUAUUGGUAGCCUCAAGUAUCUCCGGUACCUUGACCUCUCUAGCACACUCAUUGAGAGGUUGCCCAAGUUAGUUUGUGGACUUCUGAAUAUAGAGACGUUGAAACUGGCAGACUGUAAACGCCUUGCCGUGUUACCAUCAAUGAACAAAAUGAGAAGCCUAAGACAUCUCUAUUUGGAUGACAAUCCCCAGCUAAAUUCUAUGCCGCCGAUGAUCGGAGAACUAACGGGCCUCGAGACAAUUUCUCCGUUUAUCGUGAGCACAGAGGAUGGAAGAAAGAUUGGCGAGAUGAAUAAAAUGGCGAGCCUCCGUGGAUCUUUCUGCAUUUCAAGACUUGAGAAUGUCGGCGAUGUGAAAGAGGCUAUGAUGGCUGCAUUGAAAGAUAAACCACACAUUCACCAACUGAUGUUAGACUGGAGCAAGGUGCGAGAAUGUGACCAGAAGGUUGACGAAGAGACCAUCCAAGGCCUUGAAGCCCACAAAAAUCUCAAAGAACUUCAUAUAUCAAACUACUGUGGUGAAAUAUUUCCAAUUUGGAUCACUGAUCCUUCCUACUCCAAUCUCAUGACUGUGUCGUUAAGCAACUGUCAGAUAUGCUCUGAGCUGCCUCCCUUCGGGCAGCUUCCAUACCUCAAAUCUCUCAGAAUAACAAAAAUGGAUAGUGUAGAUUGUAUCAGCAACAGCUUUUAUGGGAAAGGAGAAGUAAGGGGGUUUCCAUCACUGGAGACACUCGAGUUCUCUGACAUGGGAAGAUUGUCAAUUUGGUAUGGAGUAAAUGAAGGUGAUUUCCGGCGACUUCAACGACUUACCGUUGACCGGUGCCCAAGGCUAACUGCUCUUCCGGUCGUGGAAUGGAUCAACUCUCUACCUUAUUUUCAAAUUCGCAAAUCUGGCCGCCUGGAGGAAUGGAAGGAAGAACAGUUAAGGCAGCACUCCAAUUUACUGGUAGAGAGUGGUCCAGAACACUCAGAUUCAGAAGUGACUAAUCACAGAACACAAUACUCAGAUUUCGAAGUUCGCGACCAAAACAUUCUGCCAAUUACCGUCACCGUAAGGAAGAAAAUAUUUGGAAUAUUAUUAGCGUUAACGUUCGGAAUGGUUGUGGCUGUUCAUUUAUGGGUUUCACAGUUGCAGAAGUAAUAUGGUGAGUAAGAUACAGAAAGGACUCGAAACGCUUGGCUAACCCAGAAAACUUGACCAACGACUGUCCAUUCUGUUGGGGACGACGAAGAACAAAGAGACCAUCUAACGGCUUGCCUUCAUCUUCGUUCAGGGAGUCAAAUCUGGCGGCCUGGAGUAGUUGGACAAGAGAAUCCGUUGGCUAAAUGUUGGAAUUGACGUAUGAAUAGUUGAAGAAAACCCCCACAAAGGAAUAAGAGGUGCAAGGAUGAAUUUUAAUUUGUUGAAAUGGGCUCUUAUGAUAUAGAAUUUUUUGUCUCUUUGUCUUCGGUCUUAUGGACUUAAAUGAUGCAGCUGUAUUUUAUUCUUAUGUAUUUUUUAUGUUAUAAAAUAAAGUGGCCAGACCCAAGAAAAAAUUCUACAUUGUGGGUGCAGAGGAUGUAAAUUCAUUUCCUCUUUAUUUUCCUUUUGUAGUUUUCUACCUUAGGACUCGCUCAUGCACCAAAUUUGUAGUUUGAAUUUCUUUAGCCAAUUACUAAUUUGUUCUUUCAUUGUUUA